GCUCGUCCGUACGUCUGUCCGUCCGUGGUAAACUUAACGUGCGUGCAUGCGUGUAGUCGGACAUCGCUGGGUUUAACGUGAGAUGUGUCUGUCUGUCGCAAUUGCGUCGCGAUCCCUACUGUCGUCGGACGGUGCGACGACGUGAAAAUGGCGGUGUGAAGAAAUGGCAGGACGCAGAUCGACGCUGACGACGAAUGCGGUGGACUCGCUGCCGGGAUCGGGCGGCGGCGGUGAUCCGCUACGCGAGCUCUUCGAGGCCUGCAAGACCGGCGAUCUCGCCAAGGUGAAGGCGUUGGUCAAUCCGAAGACGGUCAACGCCCGCGACACCGCCGGACGCAAGUCCACCCCCCUACACUUUGCAGCUGGUUAUGGUAGAAAGGACGUUGUAGAAUUUCUCCUAUCCGCUGGUGCAUCAAUUCAAGCACGUGACGAUGGUGGUUUACAUCCAUUACAUAAUGCAUGCUCCUUUGGACAUUGCGAUGUUGUGAGAUUACUCUUAGAGGCAGGAGCAAGUCCAAAUACGAGAGAUAAUUGGAAUUUCACGCCUUUACAUGAGGCGGCGAUUAAGGGUAAAAUAGACGUAUGUAUUACUCUGCUACAGCAUGGAGCAGAUGUAAACAUUAGGAAUACAGAAGGAAAGACUGCAUUAGAAGUAGCUGAUGCUUCCACUAAAUCAGUACUAACAGGAGAAUAUAGGAAAGAUGAGCUCUUAGAAGCUGCUAGAUCUGGAAACGAGGAACGAUUGUUACAGUUGCUAAAUCCUCUUAAUGUCAACUGUCACGCUAGUGACGGUAGGAGAUCUACACCUUUGCAUUUGGCAGCUGGAUAUAAUAGAUCUAGAGUUGUACAGAUUCUUCUUCAGAACGGCGCGGAUGUGCAUGCCAAGGAUAAAGGAGGUCUCGUGCCACUUCAUAAUGCCUGUUCAUAUGGCCAUUUUGAAGUGACUGAGGCACUUUUGAAGCACGGUGCCGCCGUCAAUGCCAGUGAUCUCUGGACAUUCACUCCGUUGCACGAAGCCGCAAGUAAAUCCAGAGCAGAGGUUUGUUCCUUGCUGUUGAGCGAAGGUGCAGAUCCGACGCAAUUAAACUGCCAUAGUAAGAGCGCUAUCGACGUAGCACCGACACUCGAAUUACAAGAAAGAUUAGCUUACGAGUAUAAGGGCCACUGCCUAUUAGACGCCUGCAGACAGGCAGAUCUUACGAAGCUAAAAAAAUAUCUGUCUCAAGAAGUCGUCAAUUUCAAACACCCUUACACCGGGGACACACCGAUGCAUUGCGCAGUGGCGUCACCUUAUCCAAAGCGAAAGCAAAUUAUCGAGACCUUGAUUCGAAAAAAUGCUGCCAUGAAUGAGAAAAAUAAAGACUUUCUUACGCCACUACACGUAGCGACUGAUCAUUCGCAUUACGAUGCGAUGGAUAUAUUACUUCGGCAUAAUGCGAAGGUCAACGCGCUGGACGGUUUAGGACAAACCGCGUUACACAGGUGUGCUAGAGAGGAUAACGUACAGGCUUGCAGAAUACUUUUAUCGUACAAUGUCGACCCGUCGAUAGUAUCUCUUCAAGGAUACACCGCGGCGCAAAUUGCUGCCGAGAAUGUAUUAAAAAUACUGCAAGAUCCGCCGAAUGGAACCGAUGAUGUGGAAGCGCAACUCUUGGAAGCGAGCAAAUCGGGCGAUCUUGCAGCGGUAGAAAGAAUCUUGCAGGCCAAUCCACACGCAGUGAAUUGCCGCGAUUUGGACGGAAGGCACUCAACUCCACUGCAUUUUGCAGCGGGUUUUAAUAGAGUGCCUGUUGUGGAGUAUCUAUUAGCACAUGGCGCGGAUGUGCAUGCCAAAGAUAAAGGUGGAUUGGUUCCUCUUCACAACGCUUGCUCUUAUGGACACUACGAAGUCACGGAAUUGUUGGUAAAACACGGUGCGUCUGUAAAUGUCGCCGAUUUGUGGAAAUUUACACCACUUCACGAAGCCGCCGCCAAAGGCAAAUACGAGAUAGUUCGAUUACUAUUGAGACACGGAGCAGAUGCCACUAAAAAGAACAGAGACGGCGCGACACCAUUGGAUCUGGUAAGAGACGGUGAUCAGGAUGUAGCGGAUCUCCUGCGUGGAAAUAGCGCUCUUCUGGAUGCAGCGAAGAAAGGCAAUUUAGCUAGAGUUCAGCGACUAGUCACGCAAGACAACAUUAAUUGUCGAGAUGCACAAGGACGCAAUAGUACUCCGUUACAUUUGGCCGCGGGGUACAAUAACCUGGAGGUAGCUGAAUUUUUGCUCGAACGUGGAGCAGAUGUAAACGCGCAAGAUAAAGGCGGCCUUAUUCCUUUGCAUAACGCGUCGAGUUAUGGUCACUUGGACAUUGCAGCCUUGCUCAUUAAAUAUAACACUGUAGUGAACGCGACUGAUAAAUGGGGAUUUACACCGCUUCAUGAAGCUGCGCAGAAAGGUCGAACGCAACUAUGCGCCCUUCUGCUUGCGCACGGCGCCGAUCCCUUCCUGAAAAAUCAGGAGGGACAGACUCCGGUGGAUCUAGCCAGCGCGGACGAUGUAAGGUGUCUAUUACAAGAUGCUAUGGCUUCUCAGCAAAUCGUUCCAUCGGUACCAUCUGGCAAUAUGAUCAACAGUACUGGCGGCAAUCCUGUUAACAGUAGGCCACCCAGUAUUGUAUCCGUUCCCGUUACACCACCGCCGCCUCUCACUCAAGAAACAGUUAUCAUGCCAUCCGGAGCAGCUAUGACUUUAUGCGUACCAUUGGCUCGUCCGACAUCGUGUCUAAGUCCAAUGCCGCCAAGCGAACCAUGCUCCGAGAAAGAGUCCAAGGACUUAUGUAAAGAACACAACAGUUCCAUCACGACUGUCGCUGGUUUCCUGCAGAGCCUCGGUUUGGAACAUUUACUCGAGCUGUUCGAACGCGAGCAAAUUACUUUAGAUAUACUAGCAGAAAUGGGUCAUGAGGAUUUGAAGCAAGUUGGAGUAUCAGCUUAUGGCUACAGACAUAAAUUAAUUAAAGGCAUGGACAAGCUGUUAAACACAGCAGCGGGUUCUCUUUGGCAACCUUCCAUAAAUCCCGGGACAUUAUUAGUGGAUUUAUUAGCGGAGGACAAAGAAUUCUUGGCUGUUGAAGAAGAAAUGCAAAGUACUAUUAGGCAACACAGGGAUAACGGCCACUCUGGCGGUAUCUUUUCUCGAUAUAAUAUAGUUAGAAUACAAAAAGUUCAGAAUCGCAAAUUGUGGGAGCGUUAUGCUCAUAGACGACAGGAAGUAGCUGAAGAAGUCGGCGCAGCCGCUCCCGCUUCUCCUGGUACUGGACCGAGGGGUACUUCCAGUUCGACAGUAUCACAGGCGAAUGAGAGAAUGUUGUUUCACGGAAGUCCAUUCAUCAACGCCAUCGUUCAAAAAGGCUUUGACGAGCGGCACGCGUAUAUCGGCGGAAUGUUUGGUGCUGGUAUAUAUUUCGCGGAGCACAGCAGCAAAAGCAAUCAAUAUGUUUAUGGUAUAUGUGGUGGUACCGGAUGUCCCGCGCAUAAGGACAGAAGCUGUUAUAUUUGUCAUAGACACUUACUGCUGUGUAGAGUUACGCUCGGUAAGUCAUUUUUACAAUUCUCGGCGAUGAAAAUGGCGCACGCCCCUCCCGGUCAUCAUAGUGUAAUGGGUAGGCCGUCGCAGGGUGGCUUGGUAUUUCCCGAAUACGUUGUCUAUCGAGGCGAACAAGCGUAUCCCGAAUAUCUUAUUACAUAUCAAAUCGCGAGACCCCAGCAGGAAGGCGGCGGUAGCGAGGGCGUCGAGGAACGGUGAUCGAAAGAGCCGGGUCCCGCGGCGAGAUUGCGCAGCCUCUGUUGCUGUCAGAGACCGAGGACAUGCAAUGCAUUGUCGCGGACAUAAAAAGCGCGAGCUAUUUCGUAUUUAACUCCAUCAGUUCUUCCAUUUUUAAUUUAUUAGAAUGGAACUGUGCGAAAGUAACAGAGCGCGCGCGCGUGUUGAUGUGUGUGACCGAAAUAUAUGCACUUAUAGAAUAUUUUAUUCCAAAAUAAUAUCUAAACUACUUAAAAAAAGGAAAUGGCCGUUGUAAUAGCUUAUUCAUAGCAUUUAAACGUGAUAUUAUUUAAGCACAGUCCAAGCGGAGAUAGAUGUAUAUUGAUUAUGAUGUAUAUAUCGAUAUAGAUUGCAAGUGUGCGUUUCUUACAUCAGAUUUGAUGUGUCAAUUAGUGUGUUCCUAGGUUAGUCAGUAUUAAAAGAAAUUGCAAUGUAUUCGUAUACAUAUGGGAAACCUAAUUUAUAUUGACACAUGUUUUGCGUGGAAAAAAUUAAAAGGAUAGGAAAAAAUAUUUGAUCUUGAAAGUAUAUAAAAUCAUCGAAGAAAGAAUGUAAUUUAACUGGUCGUCUCACACAUAAUAUAGUAGCUAUAAUAUAAAUUAAUCGAUUUGAUAUAUACAUUAUAAGUAAAGUCUGCAAUAUGUGUAUGAUAAAAUGUAUAUUUAUAUGUACAAAUAUAAAUUCGUUUUUUUUUUCUAUAUAUAUAUA